GCGUCUUCCAAUCACCAAUCUUUUCGCCCAGACCGCACACGAAGUGAAAUCCUCUGCUAAGUUCACAAGAAGAUUCGGCGUUCCGGCGGCCGGAGUUUCCGCGAUCAGGCAGCAGAUGGGGAACUGUCUCGAGACGUCUCGUCGCGGUCGCUCCGGUGGCGGAGGUGGCUCCGUGCAUUACUCCAAGACGAACCCCGUGUGGGUGGAGGAGGAAGUGGGGAGGAAGGAGGAGGAGGAGGAGGAGGCGCGUAAGGGCGAGAGCGCGCCGGCAGCGGGGGCAGCGGCGACGGAGGUGAAGAUCCGGAUCACGAGGAAGCAGCUGGAGGAGCUGCUGCGGCGCGUAGAGGAUGGCAAGGAAAGCGGCGACGGCGUGCCGGUCCGGGAUGUCAUCUCGGAGCUCCUGUACGUGGCCAGCACCAGCUCCAACUUCCGGCACAGGGAUGAGGGGCAGUGGCGGCCGUCGCUGCAGAGCAUACCCGAGUGAGAUCGAAUCCAUCCAACCUGUUGCUGCAUCUACAGCAACACUUCCAGCAUGAUGUCUUAUCGUUGCCUCCUACAGUCCUAUAAUCCUAUUGCGUUAAUACUAUCCUAGCAAGAGCAUACUCCGUAGUAUUCAUUGGGUGUCCAUUUGUUCAGGUCUUGGAUCAAGACAUGAGCUUGCGAUAGGCUAUGUAGAGAGUGAAUUAAAACUUGUGCUUAGUUGAGUAGUGCAUGUGAAUUUAGCAACUAGUAGCUAGGAGUACAUAGGAGGGCCUUUUCCAUUGCUUGCGGUGUAUGAUUUUGGAUAUUGGGGUUGCACAAUUGUGUACAUAGUACUGUUGUUAUAUUCAGUUUGCUCCUGUGUCGGCUAUCUUGGUUCUUC